GUCAUUGCCCCACCAGCACCAUCCCUACACCCCUUAUUACCAACUUUUUGCUCUCAAAACAUGCAAGUCCAGCUUUGAAGUUUUGGCGAUGGAAACAGCCUACAAGGUGCAUUGUGGCCGUGCUUUUUUCCUCAGCUGCAUCAGAGGCUUGGAAAGGGAGCGCAGGGGUCUGUGUUUUUGGCAGAAAACAAGCACGAUAAAGUCCUGUAUGUUUUGAAGAAGGUGAAUUGACUUUUUAACCAGACCUACUAGUUCAUUGAUUACAUUUAAUAGCAAGGGCGAAACAAGUUUCAUUGAUCCAGCCUGCAAAUUGUUUUUCUUCGUUAAGCUUUAUUCGGCCUAAGAAGCGAAAUCCAACUAGCGUGCUAAGCAGCAGCUCAAACUGCAAUAGCCGUGUAAGCUUAGAUUUGUGGAGUUGCUAAAAUGUCACAUACAUUCCACGGUAGUCGUUUUAAUUAGUUGCAGCAUUUUUCAAAGCAACUAUUUCCAUUUGCAAUGAACCAAGUAGUUUACUGAUAUAUGCUGUACUGAAGAAAUGGAAUUAGAUGGAAGAAAUGUUUAACAUCAGGAAAUAAUUCAAACAAAGUUCUCGUGAUGAGUAGACGAGUAGAACAUGUUGUUAUGCUAAAGAAUAAUGUGUAAAUAGAAUAAAAAAGAAAGUUAGACUUGUUAAAACAACAGGUAAAGCCUUUUGAACCUGAAUUUACAUUUAAGUUGAAACACAAAUUUUUUAGACGUUUUUAUAAUGUUAAUUUGGAGCUGAUCCUCAAAGAAUUUGUUUGUUAUUGAAUGCCAUCAAGUGGGCAGGCACAACAGUCCUUGUAACAAUUAAAUAUUCUUCCCUUCUGCAUUGCAGAUGAUGCGAGAGUAUGGUGUGAACAAAAAAAGUGGCACAUGAGCUAUGAACAACUGAGCCACUUCUGAUCUUUCUGCUUCUUGAAAUCUUGUGUUGCUCAAUCAUAAAACAAUCUUUGAAACAUUUAAAGGGAACAGAAACAGAAAAUUAGGGUUAAAGCAAUCUUGUGAUGAACCUACUGAGGGGAAUUUCUUUGAUGUAGCUUAAAAUGGAUAAACAGUAGUCUAGGAACUUUUGUCAUCAGCACUCUCUUGUAUUCGUUGACAUCUUGACAAAAAAGAAUGAAAAGAUUCACUCCAGACAAUUACUCAACCUCAGCAUUGGUGGCACCUCCUUUAUUUAAAACAAAUUCCUGAUUAAUCAAUAUUAAACUUAAGACUUGAUUUUAAAGAUAACUGUUCCUUAGAUGCUUGAGAAGUCAGUUGCCAGGUUUUUUUCUCUAUUGUCAUUAAUUUUGAUAGGUUGAAUGCAAUGAUGAAGGAGAGGCAAAUAAAGCAUUUCAUGAGGCUGUGGCCUUACAAGAACUUCAACAUCCACACAAGCACCCAUAUAUCUGUGGAUACAAAGAGUUUUUUGUAACAUGGGAUAAAGAGGAGGCAGCCAUGUUUGUAUGUAUUGUGAUGGAUUUUUACAAGAUGGGUGACUUAGAUAGGGCCCUGAAGCAAAAACGAGCUAAAGGAGAGUCCAUACCAGAACUUGUUAUAAAAAAGUGGUUUGGUCAAAUGGUUGAUGCACUGACCUGGGUUCAUACCAAGAGUAUGAUUCACAGGGAUCUAAAGCCAAGUAACAUUUUUCUUGCUGAGGAUGGAAGCAUUUCAGUUGGUGAUUUUGGUGUUUCAACCAUUAUGGAUGAUGCAAGGACUCGCACACGAACUACAGUAGGAACAAUGAACUGGAUGGCACCGGAGGUACUAGAGAAGCCAUAUGAUGAACGGAGUGAUGUCUGGUCACUUGGAUGCAUAGUUCUUGAAUUAGCCACUUGUGGCUUCUUGGAUCAAUCACAGAUAUCUUCCAAACUUUUUCAAAUCAAACACUCUCCUCAAGAACUAGACGAUGUACUCAAAGAAGUUGAGAAGGCAUACAAAACAAAAGACGCUAAAGAUCUCUGCCAAACUAUUCGAAUUAUGCUGAGAAGAAAUUUCCAACAAAGACCUACCAUGAAGGAACUGGCUGAGCUGCCCUAUGUUAAAGGUUGUAUUGCACUAUCCAGUAAACAACCAAAAGGAACGGGGGCUGCCUCUAAAGGAGCAAGGAAAGAUGCUGCAAAACCAGUACCUAAAGAUAAGGGUGUGGCAGGUGUUCUUGAUUACAUGAAGAAAAACAAAGACAGUGUAGCUUGUCAGGUACAAGCUUUGAAACACCUCGAACAAAUUACAAGGAAACAAGAUGUGUCUUUGAAUAAAAAAGCAAAGCAGCAAAUUGCAGAAACCAUGACAAAUGAAAACAAAAAACAAGAUCCAUCCAAAGAUGUUCACCUUCAGGCCUUAAAGAUAUUUAUUAAUCUUUUUCCACAUGCCGAUGAUAAUGACGUCAUGUUUACAGAGGAAAUAAUUCGGCCUAUUCUUAAAGCAAUGAAGUCCCACAUAACUUCAUCUGAGCUCCAGGCUUGUGGUUGUCAGUUACUUAUGGCCCUUUCAGCGGAGGAGGCGGCAGGUGAAAUAAUCGGUCGUUGUGGAGGAGUGCAGGACUUGUUAUCAGCGUUGCGAGCUUUCCCUGACAACAAAAGCAUUGCUUCCAACUGCUGUGGUGCUCUGUGGAGUCUGGCUGUCAGUGAGGACAAUUGCAAGAUAGUGUCUGAGGAACGGGGUCUUGAAGACAUUGUCCUCGCCAUGGGAAGACAUAACACAGAUGUUGAUUUGGUGGAAGCUGCGUGCUCUGCUCUUUGGUCUCUUUCAAUGGAAGAGGUCAAUUUAGAACUUAUGGAGGACCUUAAUGUUAUUGACCUGAUUGUGGAUGCCAUUAAAAUGCACAAAAAGGAGCCUAAAGUCAUUAAAAAUGCUUGCAUGGCAUUAGCAAGUAUUGUGGAGGCUCGAGAGGUCUGUGCGUAUCAGUUGUUGAAGAUUGAAGGAUUGGAGAGCAUCAUAGCUGCCUACAAUAACCUCAAAACCAACGACGAAGUAGUGGAGAACAUCUGUGUCCUUUUUUCUGAGCUGGUAGAAUAUGACGACAUCAAAGACGAAAUGAAACUGAAUGCUAAUAUUACUAAAUUGCUGUCUGAAGCUAAAUCCAAUUUCUCAGAUGAUGAACACGAGGACUUACUGAUGGCCGCAGCAGGUGCUUUAGCCAUGUUAGGAGGAGGUCAGCGGGGGGAUCGACGAAACAGUUCUGCAAGGUCCAGACCCAGAAGUGCGGCUAGGAAAUGCUGAUGAUGGAUACUUUGUCACGCAACGUAUCUUUUUCACUACACCGUGGGCCAGUAGAGAGGAGGAGCGGUGGAGAUUGAUAUUUUGAGGGCUUUGAAGGACUGAUGAAUAACAUCUUUUCAUCCUGAAUUUGAUUUUGCGUCGUGGGGAUAACUUUGCCGUUUGGUUGCCGUUGUGUUUUCUUCUAUUUUGUUUUUCAAUCUGCUGUAACGCAUACAAGUCACGCUUCAAAUUAAUCGCAUCUUUAGCAUACCCCAAUUUUAUCGACGAGUUUUAACCGUUAGUUAUAUCGUACUAUUUAUCAAAUAUAUGUAAAUAUCAGCUUUCAAUCCAUUGGAAUCGGACACGUCUGGUGUGAGAGUUCUUUAAAAGGUGUAAUUCAUCAGGAAUCAAGUUGUACACUUGUGAAUAGUUUAACCAUCGCACUACGAGCUGAAUCAAAUUUAUACAGUGCUUUUUCUUUUUUUUUUUAUAUCAUGAUUCUAAACAUAUGAAGAUUAAACGAUCUACAGUUCUUAACCUG